AUGGCGGCUCCAAAGAUGAGCAAGAAUCAGAUGCGCCGCGCCAAGAAGAAGGAGCAGAAGAAGACACAAGCUGUGGUCAGUAACCUGAAGAUACACCAGACCCUCGUCUCUACAGAAGCUAACCACGUAACACAGACAACCGCGGCGCCCGUCGAGAAUAGCGAUGCAAACGAGAACGGACAAGAGAGACCCAGCAGCGAGGACACCCCCGUCAAGACAGAAAGCUUGGAGGUGAAGCCGGAUCCUGACGCGCAAGACGCCACGACGGCCGAUGGACCCAUCGAUGUCGCCUUCGACGACGAAGACCCAGCCUUUGCCGAGUACAGGGACAUCUUUCAAAAAUUCGGCCCGGCGCUGGACGAGACCGAGGUUCAGCGGGAGGCGAAUGCCGGAAAUAAAGGAGACGUCUUCUUCGACCAGGACGACGACAUCCCCAGCGAGGAGGAGCAGAGCGGCCAACAGAAAAUGUCCAAGAAGAAGAGGAAGAAACUGCACAAGCUUUCUAUCGCCGAGUUGAAAGCGCUUGUCAGGAACCCCGAGGUCGUCGAAUGGCAGGACCCGUCAUCUUCCGAUCCGCGGCUAUUGGUCCAGAUUAAGGCGCAACGAAAUGUCGUCCCCGUUCCUGGUCACUGGUCCUUGAAGCGGGAGUAUCUUUCGAGCAAGAGGGGAAUCGAGAAGCCUCCUUUCAAGCUUCCCAAGUUCAUUUCCGACACUGGCAUUACGGAGAUGCGAGACGCGGUCCUUGAGAAACAAGCCGAGCAGACAAUGAAGCAGAAGCAGCGGGAACGGGUGCAGGGCAAAAUGGGAAAGUUGGACAUAGAUUAUCAGAAACUCUACGACGCCUUCUUUCGAUUCCAGACAAAGCCAGACCUGACGCGCUUUGGGGAUCUGUACCACGAGGGCAAGGAGUGGGAGGCUGAUUACAGGUACUUCAAGCCGGGCGAGGUCAGCGACUCCCUAAGAGAUGCUCUGGGGAUGCAGCCAGGAUUCCCACCGCCAUGGCUCUUGCAGCAACAGCGUGUGGGCCCUCCUCCAUCAUACCCCCUCCUCAAGAUACCCGGCCUCAACGCCCCUCUGCCUGCUGGAGCAUCUUGGGGUUUCGGGCCUGGUCAGUGGGGAAAGCCGCCUGUGGACGAGUACAACCGGCCGAUUUACGGUGGCGAUAUUUUUGGCGUCACGGCCGGCAACCCCGGAGCUCAGGCACAGAUGCAAGCCGCACAGCCACAAGCAGAACCUGUCGACCGGACGCUCUGGGGUGAACUCAAGCCGCCAGAGGAGUCUGAAGAAGAAGAGGAGUCUGACGAGGAGGAAGAGGAGGACGAGGACGAGGAGGAUGCCGAUGUUCCAGGCGGCCUUCAAACGCCAGGUGGAUUGGAGACACCGGGCGGGCUCAACAGUUCCGUACCGACGGAAUAUGGUGCACCAGGUGGCGUGGAGAGCAGCAUGGCGGGCGAGUUUGACCUAAGAAAGCAGCGCCGUGGUUAUGAGACGGAAGAAAAUGCUGGGCCACGUUCGGCAUACCAGGUCGUUCCCGAGAGGCAAGCACGCGCCGAGGGCUUCUUUGGAAGCGACAGGGUGUACGAUUUGUCAAAGAACAAGGCCGGCGUGCCUGUUCUGGGUCAGGAGGAUGACACUCGCAAACGGAAGAAGCCUGGCGACGUGGACGUUGCUCUUGACCCAGAAGCCCUGGCAAGCCAUGAUGGCAUUAGCAAGGAUGAGUUGCGCAAGAGAUUUGAGGAGGGCCGGAAGGAGGAUGCAAUCGGCAAGCAAUGGCAGUAUGAUGACGAUCUCAGUGAAAUGAUUGCUCAGGAGAGUCGUAAGAGGGUCAAGCGGGAUGAAGAGAAGCGCGGGGGUGGCGAUAAGAAGAAGGAGACAAAAUACCGCUUUUAG